AUUAAUUCGUAAACAUGGCGGACCCGGGAGGAUGGAAUGUUUCACAGCAACAGGAGUUGCCAGAGUAUGAUAACGAAAACAGCUUCGCGAUGAUGAGUGACACGUUUAAUAUCAGCGACAUUAACAACCUAGAUGAUCUGAUAUCAAACUGCGAGAAUGAGUUGUUCUCCAAGAACAGUAACAUAUUUGCCGAUGACGCCCUAUUGUCGCAACUGACCGAAGAAGAUGAAUCAUUUGACUUUAUGAACGUAUCGAGCUCUGUGCCAUUUCCAAAUACUGUCGUUCAGCAACAGGCAGUGGAUCAUCAGAAAAGAGCUCCACAACUUCAGAACUCUGGACUGGCGUUUCAGCAACAAAUUUCGCAGACAACUAGGAGCCAAACCGCAAUACCAACAUGCGUCUCUCAGACGUCUCUUCAGCAGACACCAAAGUUGUUGCAUCCAGCUACUCAGCAAGCAACUCCUGCUGGACCUCGCAUUCAAUAUGUUCAGCCACGUAAGCAACAGCCUAUAGUGAAGCAAGUGGCACCAGCUCCCACUACACAAAAAACUACUGUUCCUGUGCUGCAGAAGGUUCCAGGCCAGUUAAAUCAACUUCUCACUCUUCAAGGAAUGGGACAAGUUUCGUCUGAUAAAGUGCAGCAGGUACUUCUCCAAACACAACUCUUAAAAUCAGAACCACAGAUGACAUCAACAGCAGUGAUGUACACUACAUCACAUGUAACGGGCUCAACAACCAGUCCCUCUCCUGCUGGAACUUCAAUACACACACUAGUAAAUACUGCCAAUGGUACAAUUCUUGCUACAGGAAUUCCAGUUGUGCUGGACACUGACAAACUUGCUCUCAAUGGAAUAGCAGCUGUGACUCCAACUACUCGAGAACCGAAGGUGAAGGAAGUAAAGAGAAGUGCUCAUAAUGCUAUUGAAAGACGCUAUCGAACAAGCAUAAAUGAUAAAAUUAUUGAAUUGAAAAAUAUUGUAGUCGGAGUUGAUGCAAAGUUAAAUAAAUCAGCAAUUUUACGUAAGGCCAUUGAUUAUAUCAGAUACCUCCAGAAUGCAAAUGCAAAGUUAAAGCAAGAAAAUAUGUCUCUAAAAAUGAGUGCUCAGAAGCAGUCCUUACAAGAGCUGCUGAAGCCAGAAAGUGUGAAGUCUGAAAUGUUCAUUGAUGGGGAGAUUACACCACCACAGUCAGACAUUUCUUCUCCAUCGCUUUCACCACCUCAUUCGGACAGUUCUGUACCACCAUCACCUGAGAAUUCAUUUGAAAUGGAGAUGAAGAAAGAAGAUAGUGACUGUAUGCACAGGGUCAGCAGUGGAAUGCUUGACCACUCCAGAAUGACACUUUGCAUGUUCAUGUUUGUUGUUAUGGCGUUUAACCCAUUUGGUAUAGUUCUCAACAAAUACAUGAACACAGAUACUGAUUAUCUCCAACCAAGUACAGUAGGAAGAACAAUUCUAAGUGAUGAAGGUUCUGAUGGAGGCAUAUGGAGUUUGACAAGCACAUCACUGUUUUUGUGGUUUUUCAAUUUUAUAAUUUUGGUUGGCUGUCUCAUUAAAAUAUUUGUAUAUGGCGAUCCAGUAAUGCCUUCAAAAUCAGCUGCAUCAACUGUAUUCUGGAGACACCGAAAGCAAGCAGACUUUGACAUAACAAAGGGUGAGUUACCUGCAGCUACACAGGAACUUCGCCGUUGCCUUGUUGCAUUUGGUCAGCCACUUCCUGCCUCAAAGCUCGAGUUAUUGUCAUCAACAGCAUGGCAGAUUUUAAGACAACUGCUGCACCGACUCUGGGUUGGCCGCUGGUUAGCAAAACAUGCUGGUGGCUUUUUUGCUGAUAGCUCAACACGACGGGAGGCCAUUAAUUCAGCUCGUGACCUGUCACAAGUGUAUCAUCGACUGAACCAGUUACAUCUUGUGGGAGGAUCUGCAGAUGGUCAUUGGACAGGCAUUAUGUUGGCACUGAGUGCUGUCAAUAUGUCUGAAGCAGCUGCCCAUCUGUUAACUGUGGAGCAAAUGGCAGAUGUAUAUGUUGCAGCUGCACUUCGUAUAAAAGAGUCAUGUCCCUCUUUCAUGCAGAUACUGAACAGGUAUUAUCUUGGUUUGGCACGUAAUGUAUGCCGUAGCCAAGUUCCUGCAAGACUUCAGUGGUUGUUUACAUCAUAUGGACAUCGCUUUGUUGUAUCUGGUCGAUGGAUCUAUGGACCCGCUGCUGCAGCACCAUCACCUUUUAGCCAACUGGGCUCGCGUGCUGAUCCAGUAGCAUGUGUGGCACGUGCUUACCGUGAUCACCUUCUUCUGUGUGCAUUACAAACUUUGGCUGCACCAGGUACAGGAAACACUCCAUUAAUUGGAACUACAUCUCAGAUGUCAGAGAUUUCAGAACCAUAUCGCCGUACCCAGACAGCAGACGUUCUCACUUACGUCCAGCUACUUAUGGAAAAUGCUGUUGCUGCUACCGCUUCCAAGCAUCAGCAUGCAUCUGCAUUUCAUGUCACAAGUAGUGAAGAUGAAGUUGCGCACUGGUGGUCAGGUGUUAUUGGUGUAGUUGCUUAUUGGAUGUUGGGUGAGGAAACUCAGGCAGAAAGGCUCUACGCCCGCGUUGAGGCAAUGCCCGAGAUACUGGAAAGCCUAGCUGACCCUUUGCCACGAGCUAUGUUAGCCGCUUUCCGUGCUCGACGUGCUGCAUUAGUACACUGCAGUAGCAGGAGUCCGGGAAGACGGGCACGCUCUUCAGCCCAACAUGCAUUGGCCCUGUGCAACACUGCAGGCAGUCUUCUUGAUGAGAGUUUGACUUAUGCAAGCUGCAGACCAUCUGACAACACAGUUCUGCUUGCUCAGUUACUCAUAUGUGACUGUCUUCUUGAGACGAGAACAUCUUUGUGGGAAGAUGAAAUGGGCGAUGUGGAUGUGAACUCAACAAACAUCACAGUUCCAGUCUCCAAUGCAGUUCUUACAGGAUUUCAGAGGGAUCUGUCAUCUUUGAGACGUCUUGCUCAACUUGUACCUUCUGCAUUGGCACGAGUUUUCCUGUAUGAAGCGACAGCACGAAUGAUGGCUGGUGCUGCACCAGGACGCACACAACAACUUCUGGACAGAAGUCUUCGACAGCGACAUAGUCGUGGAUCAAUUAUCUGUGGAAAAGAUAAAAGCCAACAAGAAGUUAGUGGAGAGCGAGAGCAUGCAAUGGCCUUAUAUCUGGCUUGCCGCCACCUGCCAGCACAGCUUCUCUCAUCACCAGGCGAGCGUGCUGGCAUGCUUGCAGAAGCAGCGAAGACUCUAGAGAGAAUUGGUGACCGAAAGAGGCUUGGGGAAUGCUACAAUCUUAUGAAAUCUCUUGGUAGCAGUUCUGUCACAAAUUAAGUGAUCUUAGUAUUUUAUGAGAGACAAUUGACAUUCCAAAUAUUUUUAGUUUCUCUCCAAGUCUGAACAACCAUUGAAACAAUUGCAAUUGACAUUUCUGUCUUUUGUUUCUUAAACUGAGUAAACUCCAUCAAUCUCUUCCUGCAGUAUGAUUAAUUUGUUUGCAUUGAAAAUCCAAAGAUAACCCAGGCCAAUGAAAAAUGUCUUUAGCUAAUUUUUGCUACGUAAUGGCUUAAUCUCAAGGAUUUUUGUAUACUGAAUUCAAAUCUGACUUCAGUUUUUUUCCCAUCACAUAAGUUUUACCACAACAUGACUUCUUUAUAAACUAGAAAAUUAGCAAAACAUUUGUAAUUGUAAUGAAAAGUAAUUUAAUUUUCCAGCAUGAGUGAAGGUUUUAUACUAAGGACAUGCGUGAAAAAAAGUCGUUAUUGCAUAGCACUUACGUGUCCACUGACUUAACGUAAGUUUUCUGUAUACGCCAUUGACUUACAUUAAUUUUCUCUAUCCUCCUUAAAGCAUCUACCAUUGCUUUCACUGUGGCGAAUUGCCUUUUGUACGUCUCAAAGUGAUGCAUAGUCUCUCUUAUUGUAUGGAUGUUCCAGCAAUUGUGAUACCUUUUGUCAUCACUUUAAUGAUUUGAUGAAAGUGCUCACCUUGUUCCUCUCCGACAUACACAAAUUUGCAGGGAGAAAAUUGUGGCAUGUGCUCAAAAAUGAAAAUUGAGCCCCAUUAAACAGCCUAACUUCAUGGACUUUUUCAGCAUAUCAAUUACAACAGAAAUGUGAUGUGGGUCUUUUUUAUUACCUGCGAACUUGGUAACAAACACCUCCUCCCUCCCUCUUACUCACAGUCAUUUAUGAUUUGAAGAUGGAAUGAAACAUCAUUUUUCAAAUAUUAGAUCCAAACAACCCAACUGCUUUUAAUUUUGCCCCUGAUAAAUGGGGAAUUUGCUCGCUGAAAUUCUUGAAAAGUUCUCCAUCUUAGGACAAACUAUUCAUGAAAGAUGAAUCUUACAUGCAAAUAUUCAAACUCUGGGGCCAAAAGGUUGGCAUUAAGACUAAGCAUCCACAGUUAAUGUCCUUUUGUAAAGGUCACACCUAAAAUGCUGCAGUUUAUUAAAGAGUGCAACAUAUUUUGUACAGAUUCAGUAGUUUCUUUUCCUUCUCUGCCUAACAACAGGUAUACCAAGUCCUCUGGCUCAGCAGGUCUGUGGGACUGCCCCCAUUCUGCAACAUUGACAGCUGUCAGAUCUAAAGAGAGUCAGGAGUAUUGGCAGCUGGCCUUGGCUCUGGCAUGGUCGUGAAGAUCACCUUGAAGCUGAUAUCAGUGUUCUUGAUCUAUGGUAGCACUUGCACAAACACUCGCAUACUGAUUCAGUCUCAGUUCUGUGUACUGCAGAUUUUGGAGCAGUGUUAUCGAAUGCAAGUGCCACUUUGGACCAACAGCAGUUUCUAGAUUCUUCUCAAACCCAAUGGCCAACUUUAUUGAGAAUGUUGUGUCUGGGCCUGGGGGAUGGAAGUUCUGUAGAAUUUGUUUUGCAGAUGACAGUGCUCAACAACCUGUGGAAUAGUAUUCGUGGGCCUGAAAUGGAGUACGUAAAGUGUGACAAAAUCCUCUAUUUGAAAACAAAAGUGUUAUAGUUUACUUGAAGAAACAUUCGGUGUACAUAUAGGAAUUGGAUUAAGUUUUUAAGAGAGUUACUUUAAUUGAAUUGUUGUGUUGAUUAGUAUUGAAAUAUUUCCUUGCGGGGCAGUUUAUUCUGACCCACUAUUGAUUCCUUCCACUUCUAUCCGAAAACAUAAGAUAUAUUUAUGGUAAAACUGCAUUAAAAAAAUAUUAAUUUCAAAAAAAUGGUAGUUAAAAUGAAUUUAUUAAAAAGCUUAUUUUUCCUUGGCCUGGAUAAUUCCUUUAAUAGAAUAUCAUCAGCUGUUGUUAAAAAGUAAGGUUAUUUUCUUAAUCAUGUGAUCAUUUCAUCUGUCUUUAAUGUGAGAUCAUAGUUAUUGAAAGAACUAGAUUUACAGUUAAAUGCAAAAAAUAUUUUCAACAAUUAUGCAAGUACGAAGGAGUUAAUUUUUGUUAGUCCACUUACACAUAAGUACAGAUAGGAGUAGUAUCAGCGUAUCAUAUAUUUGAUAGGAUUUAAUACCCAAAUGGUUUUUGUGAACUUAUCAUGCAGCAUUAAUUGUAGUGGUUUUUUAACUCGCACAAAGAUAUUCAUUAUAGGAACCACAUGACUUUAUUAAUGUAACAGCUCUGUUAUACUAAAUUGGUACAGUAAAUCAGAAUUGUUUGAUUGUAGUUAAGAGAAGAACUUGCAAACAAUAAAUGGCAGACACUUGUGAUGAUAAUAUGCCAUGUACCAUAAAUUUAACAUAGCAUUCAACAAUCAGUCUUAAAGAUGUAUUGCUCACUAUCAGUAUUCACAAGUCAGAAUAUCUGUCACAGAAAUGUUCAAGUUUGUCGUUAAGCCGAUGGAGAUACCUCACUCCUUCCAAAUCAGUAAAUGAUUCAAUACCCAGUGCAGCAGAAAGAAAUCAAUUUAUUAUACUAACAUUGUUAGUGUGUGAGUUUGAUAAGUAAAUGUCUGUUUCAUUUUACUGUUACAAUAGCUUUAUAAGUAAAACCAUUUCUAUUAGCACAUUGGAUCUAAUCCAUAUGGAAACAGAUGAAGAGCUUUGACCACCCGAUAAGAAAUGCUCAGCUUUUCCUGUCGUGGUUAUAUUAUUAUUUUUAGAACUUUUAAAUCGCUUUACAGUUUGUCUUUAUUUCAUUUAAAAUCUCAUCAAAAUAGAAAAUGUUGCGGAUUACAAACAAAGAAAAAAAAUGUUGCAGAGUUUUUAAAUAAUAUUUAUUAAACUUGUUGACGCACUGUAAUUCUGGUGAAUUUGUAAUAUUUUGUAAAUAUGUAGGGAAAGAGGAAACUCAGAUUAUUUUUAUAUAAUUUUCCACAUUCAUACUAAGAGUAAUUCAUGUGUGACAUCACUCUAUAAGUUUUAUUGUAGAGAAUAGACUAGCCACUUAAACUACCACAAAUUACUGUAUACAAACCCUCAUUCUGUUUUGUUAUUGUCUCAUUCAUUGGAUGUUAAAGUAAGAUGCGUUAGAAUCUGAGUAUUUUCUUUAUCAUAUGGUUACAAAUACUCAUUGAUCCCAAAACUUUUUUAAACUGUUUACAUAUCUAUCAUUUCUUGUAAUUCUUUUGUGCUUCUGAGUUUUCCAGUCACUCAGAGAGAGAGAGAGAGAGAGAGAGAGAGAGAGAGAGAGUGAGAGUGAGAGAGAGUGAGUUUUACACAAUUGUACAGUACUACUUUUGUAACUUAAAUAAAUUUUAUAAGAACAAGA